AUGUCUGGUCUCAAGGAGGCCACUCCCUCAGACUCUCCACCUACGACUCGUAAACGCAAGCUAGACCAAGUCCCAGCUCUCGAAAUUGAUUUAUCUGCACCAGAACCUCCGUCGAAGAAGGCACUUCGAAAAGCAAAAAAGAAGUCAGCAGCAUCACAAACCUCUGAUCCCUCUGCCCAAACCUCAACAAUAAACCCAGCUUCAAAACCCCAGGCUGCGGAACAAGCAGAAAAGCCCUCGAAAAGGUCUGAUUACGGAGUCUGGGUCGGCAAUCUGCCCUUUGUCGUGAAGAAGGACGACAUAAGGGCAUUCUUUACCAGUUCAGGGACUUUGAAAAGCAGCGAUAUCACACGGAUACACCUGCCCGAAGGCCCAAAGCAAAAUGGCAAGGCUCAAAACAAGGGAUUCGCCUACGUCGAUUUCACCAGCAAUGAGGCAAUGGAGACCGCAAUUGCGAUGAGUGAGCAGCUAAUUAAUGGUCGUCGGGCAUUGAUUAAGAAUGCAAAAAGCUUUGUGGGCAGGCCUGAUAAGCCAAAUGACGAGGCUACCAGUAAUAAGGCUUCCAAACUCUCCGCUCAUGCUCCCUCCCGGCGAGUGUUUGUCGGUAAUCUUGGGUUUGACGUGACAAAAGAGAUUUUGGAAGAGCAUUUCAAGCCGUGUGGGGUUAUAGAGCAUAUACAACUUGCGACAUUUCAGGAUAGUGGCAAGUGCAAGGGCUACGCUUGGAUUGAGUUUGAGGGUAUUGACGCGGCAGAGGUUGCGAUGAGAGGAUUUGUGAAUGUUCCGGAGAAAGAUGAAGAUGGCGAUGAUGAUAGUGAGAAGGACAUGGAUGGCUCAAAUGCAGAGGCUGCGUCCAGUAGCGAGGAAUCGAAGAGCACCCGAACCAAGGAGAAAAAGAAGAAAAAACCAAAGAUGAAAAGGGUAUGGGUUAACAAAAUUAUGGGCCGCUCGCUACGGAUGGAGUUUGCGGAAGACAAGGCAACCCGGUAUAAAAAACGGUUUGGGAAGGAUGGGACGUCAAAGGAUAAAUUUGAAGGGGAUACUAGGUCGUUCCUAAAACCGAAGGCUGGGAAGAGGCAGCGGCCUUCGAAGAAGGGGGAACCAGGCAGCGGGAGUCGGUAUGCGCAAGAUGUGGUCCACAGGCUUCGUGGAGCUAUUGUCGAAUCUCAGGGAAAGAAGACGACGUUUGGUUGA